CGUCGUAUGCAUUUUGUACACACAGAGUGUGCACAUGUACAUUCUUACAACAAUCCCCUCCUCGUUAACCUACCGGUCUCUGGAAUAACUCUCCAUUUUCACCACAAAAUGGAGUAUUCACAAACAUACGACCCCGACUCGGGCCAUUUCUCAACAACGAUAGAUUUUCCUCCUGAUGAGUCUAUUACUUGGGGAAAGUCGUCGCCCAGAAAGAGUGAAAAACCCGUCUCAAGAACACUGGAUUCUGAAUUCGGCAUCCCCAUGACAGACCUAGACAACCCAGGAUUCGAAGCUUCGCCUAGAUCCGGAAAUAAAAAUAGCAAAUAUGACCCCGAACGAGCUGCGGAUGAUGUGGAAGAGGGAAGUGAGACCAGUGAAAACAAAUGUUGGACGUUUGUGGACAGUGUACUGGAUGUCCUGAAGGAGUUCUACGCUGAUAACAGGUCCGUCUUCCUCAGUACCAUCUACACCAUCUUGGUACUUCUCUACUUAGCGUACAUCAUCUAUGCUUGUUUCUAUGACUUCCAAGAGGCCAUGGUACUGUUCAUCAUUUCUUGCAUAGCUUUCGGUCUCUUUCUGUAUGGGGUCAUUCGAGACCACGCAGGGAAAGACAUCUACAAUGCUACCUGCAAACCAGGCGGUAACUUUGUUGACAAGCACUGGAGGUAUAUCAGAUGGCCUCUCUACUUCGUACUUGUUGCUGCGGUUGCCGUUGCUCUGUUCUUCUUAUGCAAGGAUAAUCCCGUCCAGCUGAUCUCCGCUGGGGGUCUCGUUGUCUUCGUUCUCUUUACCUACGUCUUCUCAAAGCAUCCUCGCCGCGUCAAAUGGCGUCCAGUGGUCUGGGGCUUAGCACUACAGUUUAUUCUCGGCUUGUUUAUUCUACGUACAUCCGUUGGGUUCCAGGUGUUUGAAUUCCUCGGCGAUCUUGUGCAAGCAUUUCUUAAUUUCACAGAUGAGGGGUCCAAGUUCGUCUUUGGCGAUUCAUACCAAGAUCAUUUCUUCGCGUUUAAGGUUUUACCAGUUGUAAUAUAUUUUAGUGCAUGUAUCUCUGUCUUCUACUACCUUGGGGUUAUGCAAGUUGUCAUUGCAAAGUUGGCGUGGCUUAUGCAGAAAACGAUGCAUACAUCAGCAUCAGAGUCAUUGAAUGCGGCUGGAAAUAUCUUCAUUGGUCAGUCUGAAGCUCCCCUCCUUAUUCGACCAUACCUUCCUAAAAUGACGCGAUCAGAGCUUCACGCCGUCAUGACUGGCGGUUUUGCGACCAUCGCUGGUAGCGUUCUCGGUGCGUAUAUCUCGUUUGGAAUCAGCGCUUCUCAUCUUCUAUCAGCUUCGGUGAUGUCGGCACCCGCUGCUCUAGCCAUUGCUAAGCUGUUCUACCCAGAGACUGAGAUUUCACAGACCAGGACAGCAGCUCAAGUUAAGCUCCCAAAAGGUGAGGAGAGGAAUGUUAUCGAGGCUGCCUCUUCUGGAGCAUCCACUGCGGUCAUGUUGGCCUUGAACAUCGGAGCUAACCUUAUCGCGUUCUUGGCUCUUCUAGCUCUCUUCAAUGGCAUUCUGGGAUACCUCGGGGUUCUCGUUGGCAUUGAUGGACUGAGCUUUGAGCUGAUCUGCUCGUAUUUGUUCAUUCCCAUCGCCUUCCUGAUGGGAGUAGAAACUCAGGAUUGUCGGGUGGUAGCUGAACUCAUCGGAACCAAAACAUUUUUGAAUGAGUUUGUGGCCUAUGAGCGACUUGCAGAGUACAUCUCGCAUCGUGGGACAGACGAAAUAUCAUUAUCGGCUCGUUCAGAGGUGAUAACAACGUAUGCCCUUUGUGGUUUCGCCAACCUCGGUUCCGUUGGGAUCAUGAUGGCAGCUCUCACUUCUAUGGCUCCGCAAAGGAAAGGAGAUAUUGCAUCAGUUGCAUUAAGAGCUUUGAUUUCUGGCACCACAGCAUGUUUCAUGACUGCUUGUAUAGCAGGAGUGCUUUAUAUAGAGCCAGCUGCCAUGUUAGAUCCUGCUACAGUACUACCUGGGGGUAUAGAGAAUGUCACCGAUGUCAUGAUGGCGACAAUGUCAUAGUAACGACAAUGACAAUGUCAUGUUAUGGACUUCACAGAUAUUAACAUGAUGUUGUAAUAAUAACCUGAUUUGUAAGUUCGUUUAAUUUGUACUUAAUAUAUCCGAGUUGUACAAUUCAUGAGUUCUCUAAAAACUUUUAGUGAAAUGAAAAAAAAAAAAGGGAAUUGUAAAUAAUAAAAAACAGCAUCUUGAUAUUCUGUGAGUUUGUUUUUGAAAUUUCAAUGAAAUUUAAAAGGAUCUCAAUGUGGAUUCAGCUCAUAAUGAAAUGAUUCAGCCCGCAAUAAUGAAAUGGAGAACAAAAACCAUUACCCUUUGGGAAAAAAGUGACCCAACAAAAUUGACUUGAAAUGCCUUGAAUUUGUAUCCCACUUCUAAAACCUUCCUUAUAAGGAUAUGAGCAUUGAUCUACCUCACAUUUAAAUAAAACCAGUGUUUUCACUUCUGAAGACAACCUUCCGAAAUAAAAACAUUGAAAUGAAAUGUAAUACCUGUCAUUCAAGAAUGAUAGAUCAAACAAUCCUUUUGACCCCCUUCUAAAAAUAUUUUACACUGUCAGAAAAUAAGUUUUGUUUCGUUAUUAUAUUAACUUACUGUGUGCUGACAAACUGGUAAAUGUCAAAGAUGUUGGAGUAACGAAAGUGUACAGAAAAAUGAUUCGAUUAAUAAAUGAAUUUUAAAGAGUUUUUAUUUGAUUUUUAGGUUGUUUUGGUCAUUUUCGGCAAACAAGCAGACUGUUUCACUUUCAUGCAGAUGUAUUCAAGGGAUUUUUGCCUAUUUAUUUGAAACCAUUCAUCAACAAUUUGAGGCUUGAGAAUUUAUGUAGCAAAGAAGCUUAGGCGUUCGUUUUAGGAGCCAUGCGAAAUCGCAGUCAAUUGAGUGGAGUAGCCGAAACUGUAGAAUUCUACGAAAAGCUGCAGCAAAUUUGAAUGCUGGUCCAGUGAAGUGGUGACAUUUGGCUUCACACAAACGAACAGUUGCUUGAAGUGAAACUGAAGAACUGUUUUGAAAAGAUUUAAAGCUCAUACAAAAUAUAUUAUGUGAUGCUUAAAUUGUUUCCUUAUUUGCCGAGAAUGACCUGGGAAAACUUUUAGUAUUAAAGGAACAAGUUGACUUCUCAAAAUUGUGUGUAAAUGUUUUUUAAAAUAACUUUCGGUGCAGUUUGAUCAGUGCUGGUGGUAGACUUUUUAAAGGAUAUUACUUUGUAUUAUAUUUCAGUUGUAUUAGCUUAUAUUUGAGAGGUUUUAUGGACAAGGGCAAAUAGACUCUAUUGAUGGAGUUUUAUUCAAUUUUUAACCCGGGUAUGAGAUAUUGUUUGGGAAGUGUUAAUAUUUGACAAAUAGGUCAAAAGCUGAAAAAAAACAUAGGAAGUUCUAUGGAAACUAGCUUUCACAUUUAAACUUGAAAACUUCUUGUUUUUGUUCUUCCAAAUCUAUGUAAAGUAUGUGUAGUUUUUUUAAAUUUUUUUUAACAGGGUAAACUCAACAAGUUUCUUGUUAUUUAUAGUUUCAGUUAGUUCCCAAGACAAUCUUUUAACAUGUUAGGCUGUGUCUGUAUGCUGCAGCUUUUUCUCAACACUCCAUGGGACGAUCAAGCGGCUUUUGUAAUUUGGACACAGUCUUAAGCAGGAAGGCAGACAUCUUGAGAACCUUUUUGAGUUGGCAUCAUUUUCAAUAAAUCACCUUGUAUUAUAAUGUAUUCAAUCAAUUAUAUUUUUUAUGUCAAAUACCAGAGCAGUGCCUUAUUGAUUAAACUAUACAACAUAGCCUAAUGUCAAGGUAUUUGCACUGUAUGUGACCACAAGUCAAGUUUGAAAAAAACAAACCAGCAAUUCAAUCAAACUUCAACCCCAAAAUUUAGGUAAAUUUUGUCAAAUUUUGCACAUAAAUGUGUACUAGGCUAUAUAGCCUUGUGAACUUGUCAAAUUUUUUCACAAA